AAAAGGAUAGCGCAGAAUUGGAUGCUAAACAUUUGCAGUGAUCAACAUGAUGGGUCGCGUUUUCCUCCUGUUGUUUGCUGCUUUCCUACCAAAUUGCAGCGGCUACAACUCGAAAUGGCACUACGAAUGUACUGACGGCUACUGCGAGAAGACUUUAAUAACGGAAAACACAACAUCGCCCCUAAGCUUGGCCGAAUGCAACAUCCUCUGCCUAGACUACGCUUCAGUGUGGCCACAACCGACCGGAAACAUUUCGAUCGACAACCUCACGCUGAUCGACGUAUCCGCAUUUAGUUUCACCAGCGAAGAAAACACCACAAUAUCCAGCCUGGUGGGGGCGGCCUUUGGAAUCUUCACUAGCCAAUUCACGCUGCAGUUGCCACGCAAGGCCUUUUUGCGAAACUCCAGCUCGAAUGGCUCAGCCGUGCAAGUGCAAUUUGAAAUAACCGAUCAAGACACUGAGCAGCUCAGCUUCGGAACGAACGAGUCCUACACGCUGCAAGGACUUGCUACUGAUGACGGCACCAUUAAUGUCACCAUCACAGCCGAAACGUUCUUCGGAGCCAGACACGCUCUGGAAACUCUGAGCCAACUGGUCGUGUUUGAUGACUUGCGCAACCGAACCCUCUUUCCUGCUUCUAUUGCUGUUUCAGACCAGCCAGCUUUCAACUGGAGAGGAGUUUGCCUGGAUACCGCCAGAAACUACAUCACUCCGAAGGCCAUAAAGCGCACCCUGCGGGCGAUGGCCGCCUCGAAGCUCAACACCUUCCACUGGCACUUGACCGAUACUGCCAGUUUCCCAUACGUGUCCAGCUCGCAUCCAGAACUGUCCGAGUACGGGGCCUAUUCAUCAAGCAAGGUCUACACCGACGACGACGUGAAAAGCAUUAUUGAGUAUGCCAGGGUGAGGGGCAUCCGAGUGGUGCCAGAACUCGACUCGCCAGCUCAUGUGGGCGAGGGCUGGCAAACUUCCGGAGUGCUCACGUGCUUCAACCAGAAGCCGUGGACUGACUAUUGCGCCGAACCUCCAUGCGGCCAGUUCGAUCCUUCACAGUCUGGGGUCUAUGAUAUCCUUGAAGACCUCUAUGGGGACUUAUUGACGCAAUUCGGCACUGACGUCUUCCACAUGGGAGGCGACGAGGUGAAUGUGGCCUGCUGGAACAUCACAUCGAAUCUGACCGCUUGGAUGGUGGACGAGAUGGGUUGGGGCUUGAGCAAGAGCGACUUCCAGGAAAAGGUGUGGCCGUACUUCCAAAACGAGUCCGCCCAAAGGCUGUACAAGCAGGCAGGCGCGCAGAUUCCCAUCAUCUUGUGGAGCAGCGACUUGACCGCUCUGGACAAUGUCACCUCAAUUCUACCGCCCGAGGACUAUAUUAUCCAGAUCUGGGACUCUGCGGACAGCAGCUCCAUUCAAACGCUGCUCAGCCAGAACUACAGCGUAAUUUUGAGUAACUACGAUGGGCUGUACUUGGACUGCGGCUUUGCCGGCUGGGUGACCAAUGGGACCAACUGGUGCUCGCCUUAUAAGGGUUGGCAGACUGUAUAUGACAACAAGCCAGUAAACAUUGCAGGAACCAGCGUUGCCCAGGUGUUGGGAGGAGAAACGGUGCUCUGGACCGAGGAAGCCGAAAGCGAUACCGUAGAUUCGCGACUUUGGCCCAGAGCUGCCGCUUUUGCGGAAACUCUGUGGUCUGCGCCGGAAACCACAUGGGAGGCUGCAGAAGAGCGCAUGUUGUUUCAUCGCGAACGCCUGGUGGCUCUAGGAAUCGGUGCAGACGCGCUCCAGCCAGAGUGGUGCCGAAGAAACCAACAGAACUGUCCAACUUGAAUGAAAUCAAUAAACUAGGUUUCCUUCGACUA